GAAUGUGACACGAGUUAUCGAACAAAACGUCUGGCUGGGCCACGCCUUCAUCACAAUAGCUUUGGACGAGUGUGUUUGUUCACGCGUUCAGUCUCUGUGCUGGUUCAUUGUUGAGACAAGGUACGAGGUAGGGGUUGGUAAGUCGUGCGUCGCUCACCCAAGGGUAUCACUAAGGAGAAAUACGGGACACCGCCGUGUACAGGUGUAUGAUCGACACACAAGCUAUAAGAAAAUAGAACCAUUGGAAGGUUUUCAAUAAAGCACAUAUUUGCUGAUAGGACCAUUAACGUUCACAUGUCCUGAUCAUCAAUGGUUCUGUGACCUACUACAGAGUCAAAUUAAAGAUGGGUAUUUUACGAAUGUUCAUGAAAUAUAAAGUGUCAAGGGCAGUCGUUGCUGUCAUCUGUGCACAGAUCAUCUUCCUCUUGAUAGUGCUACUCCGAAUGACCAACGCUUCCACCAGAGUGUCUUUGGAAGUUCCUGUCGAUGGUUUAAAAAUGGUUACAUCUUUAACACAUCUUGUGUACUCGUUCAACGCAACUAAACUGUUGGGGGCGUCAAAGUCGAUGUCAAGUCUUAACAAAACCAUUGAUCAUACAUUGUAUCCACACCGAUAUCUUGGUACGUCCUGUCACUUGAAUACUACAAACAGAUGGCUUCCUUUUGAACCUGGAGAAAUAAGCCACCUCGAUAAAUGGUAUUCCUCAAUAGAUUACUUCUUUUCAAUAAACAACACCGAACCACUGACUCUACCCGAAGACGACGGUCCUAAUUUGUAUAAAGAUUAUGAUUUGAAAAAGCCAUGGAAAUUUACUCUUCCAGAUCUUGGUAACGAGGAUUUCACGUUUAUAAACGGAAAGCUAAAAUGCUUUAAACCAGGUACAUCCAAAGUGCAGGAGCAGGGUUCUAACGUGACCUGUGUGUGCAGCUCAGGUUAUGCAGGGAAACAUUGUUCUGUGCCAAGCAUUGUGAAGACUGCCUUGUCCAAACUGUCACGCAGUUACAUCAUCACGCCAAGAGAAAAGCCACGACGGCUGAUUCUAGCCAUGACAUUCAAUAUUGAGCAUCAUGUACUGAUGCUGAAGAUGUUACAGGUGCACUCAGCCGUGGAUCUGUUUGUGAUUCUGGAAUCCAACUAUACAGGACAUGGAGAUCCACGACCGUUAAGGUUAUUACAUAAUUUGAGAAGAGGCUACAUGAAGCGAUUCCACCAUAAGAUAAUGCAUGUCUACCUGGACACAUUCCCAGCUGGCGGACGAUUGAAUGGUUGGAUAGCCGAAACUUACAUCCGUCAGCACCUUGCACCUGCAGUAGAGGCCAGAGUCUCAGGGCUCAGAAAAGAUGAUUUAUUCGUAUUUAUGGACACCGACGAAACGCCAAUUGUAAACCUCCUGCACUUCCUCAAACUUCACAAUGGCUAUCCCUUCCCUGUUGGGUUUGUUCUUCACAGUUUUAAGUAUGGAUUCUUUUGGUCAAUGACGAAGCACCCUAAAACGGUUGUAGGAGUGUGUAGUAUUCAGAUGCUCAGAGACAUCUAUAAAGGAAGUAGUGAUGCUAUUCGUGGAAGUAAAGGAGUGAUACGACAGCUCCAGAAAGGAAAUCACCCCUGGGGCAUGUUUGAAACUUGGCUCAUCGGAUCACCUGACAACUAUGCUGGGUGGCAUGCAUCAUGGUUCUCCUCUCCACGGGAGGUUAUCACGAAGCUGACUUCUGCUAUUAAUGCUGACUUCCCCCGAUGGGGGGACUACCCAGAGAAAUGCACAUUUGACUACGUUGCUACUCUGUUUAGAAAAGGGGAAUAUUUUGAUGGAAAGACACAUUCCGAUCCAAUUUGCCUGACUGACAUUUACGUAUUGAAAGACCUGCCUUACCUGUUCAAGCAUAAAGAAUACUUUAAUUUCAUGUUACAAAACCCAACAGCCGCAUGAUACCAUUUAAUUAUUUCUACAUCUCCCAAAAAAGCACAUGUAAGCAAAAUAGUGUCGUAUAACUGUAUAAUAAUGAAUUAUAUCGUUCGUUGAUUUCUUACGAUUGUAGUCAUUGGUUACUGUGCAAUAAAUCCUUGAUGAAC